AUGUCUAAAGGUGACGCGCACGCUCAAGUCAUCCGAUACCAAAAGAACAUUAUAGACACGAAAGGCUAUCAGAGUAGCCCCCCAAAACGCGUCCAGACUUCGCACUCCGUGAUACGUCCCGAGCUAAAUCGAAAGUCCGGGGGGCGCCACCGUCAGCUACUGUUUGUGCUGUCAACUUGCAUAGCGUCAAGUUGCCCUCUCUCAGCCGGAUCGAAUUUCAUAUUCGAUAAAGUGAACGUGCCUCAAUUUUGGGCGACAGACCGUGUGACAUAA